AUGAUGCUACUGGGAUUCCUUCUCGUCCUGGCCAUGUCUUGCGGGCCGCGAGGCAGUGAAGGAGCUCGUGGCCGGCUGCUUCCCUCCAAUGAGAACGAUCGACAAUGGCCACCUGGCAGUGGCCUGAAGAGCGCCGUUUCUUUGCAAGCAAUCCGUCGAUGCUCACUCGUGCCUCUAAACUUCUCCCGAAUUUUUCCCCUCACAGGCGGUCUCUCAGUCCAAGCUUCCAUCAGGCCCUCGGUUUCUGAAAACGAUGACUCUGGCGAUUCGUGGGCUCACUUGCGUGUCCGAGAUGUUGCUCCAGUGCAGCGAAAACUGCAGCAGCAGGAGGAGCAGCGGAAUGAGAAGCAGCAGCAGCUCCAGGCUGCUGAGUCGGUGGGCACGCCCGUUGAGAAGCAGAGGAUGCUGACGGCAGUUGAGGAGUGGAAGCACCAGGAGGCGGCAGAGGAGACGGCGGCACAGGCAACGCCGGCAGAGGCGAUGGCGGCACAGGAGAUGGCGGCACAGGAGACCGCGGUACAGGCGGCGCCGGCGGCACAGGCGACGCCGGCAGAGGCGACACCGGCACAGAAUAUUGCGGCACAAGCGGCGGCGGCAGUGAAGGCGAAGGUUCAUGAGGUGACAUUGGCAGAUCAGGUGGCGCGAGAGGAGAUGGUGGGACAGGCAAACACGGCAUCGAGGAUCGCGGGAUGGGCAAUGGCGGCGGGACAGGCGGCAGCACAUAAGGCGGUGAUGGCAGUCUAUGUGAAUGCGUUGAGGCCAGAGGAUGUGAGUAGGGCAACAAAGGCGGCAAUGGAGAAAGCACUGGAGAAUGCAGGAAAGGUGAAUUUGUAA